AGCACAGAGCAACAUGGCGACGUCCCUGAUCUGUGGCCGGUUGUCCGCUGGACUGAGGAAUUCCAGCUCCAGGACGACUGUAAGCUCGGCAGCUAAGGUGCUUGGUGGGACAUCAGGUCUGUUUGGGCACCAUGGAAACCAGCCAUCUCCAAUGCUGUCGCUGCAGCAGCAGAGAAAGCUCUCCCUGCAUGAGUACAUGAGCAUCGGCCUGCUAAAGGAGGCGGGCAUCUCUGUGCCCGCGGGGAUGGUCGCCAGCACACCUGAUGAGGCUUAUACUGCUGCCAAGCAAAUCGGUUCUAAAGACUUGGUUAUAAAAGCCCAAGUGCUGGCGGGUGGUCGAGGCAAAGGCACUUUUGAAGGAGGACUGAAAGGAGGAGUCAGAAUCGUUUACUCGCCAGAAGAAGCGAGGGAUAUCUCAUCUAAGAUGAUUGGCAAGAAGCUUUUCACCAAGCAGACAGGAGAAGCAGGACGCAUUUGCAAUCAAGUGUUUGUCUGUGAGCGCAGAUACCCACGCAGAGAGUAUUACUUCGCCAUCACUAUGGAGAGGUCUUACCAGGGCCCCGUUCUGAUUGGCAGUUCUCAGGGGGGUGUGAACAUUGAGGAUGUGGCUGCAGAGAAUCCUGAUGCCAUUGUCAAAGAGCCUAUUGAUAUUGUAGAGGGAAUUAAGAUGGAUCAAGCCAUUAAGGUGGCAGAGAAGAUGGGAUUUCCCCCUGCAUUGAUCAAUGAAGCUGCGGAAAACAUGUUGAAACUUUAUGAUGUGUUCAUUAAGUAUGAUGCAUCUAUGGUGGAGAUCAACCCAAUGGUGGAGGAUUCUUCUGGAAUUGUGAUGUGUAUGGAUGCUAAGAUCAACUUUGAUUCAAACGCUGCCUAUAGACAGAAGAAAGUGUUCGACAUGCGAGACUGGUCCCAGGAGGAUGCCAGAGACAGACAAGCAGCCAAAGCAGACCUCAAUUACAUUGGCCUAGAUGGCACUAUCGGCUGCCUGGUUAAUGGGGCUGGACUCGCUAUGGCCACCAUGGACAUUAUUAAACUGCAUGGAGGAACACCUGCAAACUUUUUGGAUGUUGGGGGUGGAGCCACAGCUCAGCAGGUGACAGAGGCCUUCAAGCUCAUCACCUCUGAUAAGAAGGUUCAAGCUAUUUUGGUAAACAUCUUUGGUGGCAUCAUGCGAUGUGAUGUCAUUGCACAGGGCAUUAUCAUGGCUGUCACGGACCUAGACCUGAAAAUCCCUAUUGUAGUGCGGUUACAAGGAACACGAGUGGACGAUGCCAAGGCUCUGAUCGCUGCCAGCCCUCUGAAGAUCCUGGCCUGUGAUGAUCUGGACGAGGCUGCCAAAAUGGUUGUUAAGCUUUCUGAAAUUGUAUCAUUGGCCAAAGAGGCCCAGGUUGACGUCAAGUUCCAGCUGCCCAUCUAACAGAACAAUCCCAGAAGCCACAUCACUUCUCAAAACCCCUUUCUCUACUACGAACUCAAUCUAAGCCCACCACCUGAGCUUGCCCGUGUCCAUCUCCAGCUUCCGUUAGCUCUCGUAUCUGUCUCUCUGUGCUUCCCCAAUCCUUCUGUUUCACCAGAGCUUUCAUCAACAUGUGUUUCAGCAUGGAGCCGUUGUCAUUUCACGUGAUCGAUUCCUCAUUUAUGAAAUCACAUCACUAACAUAGAGGUUUUUUUUGCUUUAGAUCGGGUCAGUGUUACUGCCUACUGUUGCUUGUUUUUGUCGUUGUUAUUGUUUGUUCGGUUUCUCAAGUGGAGGGACUGUAUUUAUACUGUCGAAAUGUACAUGGAGAUCCCACUCUCUGGAUAUAGAAUGUCUCUCUGACACACUGGUACUCUUUAUGCCUCAUAUAGAUAUAUAUACACACAUACACACGAUAUCAUUAAACGCAAACCCCUCAGCUUUUCCUGUUUUCAGGCUGGAGCGAGUGUCUUCUCUGUUUUCUCCUGAAGAGACCUGCACCAUUUCCUUUAUCUUUAAAUCAAACGCACAAGCACUCAUGGGGAAUGUGUGUGUUAUCAGUGUUCUCUCAGGCUGACGUGAAGCCACCGGAUGCGGAAAACAAUAAAAAUACCAACACCUCUCAUGCUUGAUCCUA